CAUAAGAGCUUAACACAACAUAUUAGCAAAAAUAAUCGUUGUUCCACUGAGAUUCGAACUGUCACUUCAAAAGGACAGGUGAGGAAUCGAAGUUUCUGAAAAAGAGGCAUACAAAUAUUAUGAUGCUUCAAUCAAUAUAGGUCGACCUAAUUGAAUAAUGACGGAAAAAACUGUGAUUCUGGAGGGUCUGCCAGACGACCUAGACAAAAUUAGAUCCAAAUUGGAUUUGUACUUCAAAAACAAAAGGAGGUCUGGAGGAGAGGUAUUACAAAUUCAAGACUAUCCUGGGGACAAGAAGAAGGCUCUGCUUGUUUACCUCGAAGAUGCAUGUCUGCAGAAAGUGUUGGCUAAAAGAGAUCAUAAGAUAGAUUUUAAAAAACCCAUUGGGGUGGUUGAGCUUCAAGUGAAACUGAAAGAGGAUGGCGGUGAAACAAAAGUGAAGAAUGUUAAACCACCUCUCUUACCUCACCCAAAAAGAGACAAUCUGACUCUUGUGGGGAAAUCUGCACCCAACACGGAAGAGAAGCAGCCAGUGUCAGACAGUCAAGCAGAUUCAGUGGAGGAUAAGGAUAUAAAAGCAGAAACAUAUUCACUGCUUGUUAGAACCACCAAGGAACUCGAAAAGGAGCUCCUUAAAUUGUAUUUUGACCAGUUUGCAUCAGAAGAAGAAGGAGUCAGCAUUACAAGACAUGACAAGAAUAGCUGGAUCCUCAAACUGUCCUUUCAGUCUGAUGCAGAGAAAGUCCUUGCCAAGAAGGAGCAUCAGUAUGGCAUUUCUGUGGAGGUGUACAAUGAGACAGCUGUGGAAGGGAAACUGGACAACAGGCGCUUCGUCCUGACUGGGUUCAAUGAGAGCUGCAAGUGCGACAUCAUCUCUCUGUUCAUCGGCAGCUGCAGCCAAGGGGCUGAGCAUGCCUGGGAGACCCUGGACGAUGGAGACAGAAUAGUGGUCACCUUCAAACAGAACAUUGACAUAAAGUCCUUCCUUAGGAAAUGUUCAUCAAAGAAGUUCCAGGGCAUGGAGAUCGGGGCGUGUCGUUUAGAGCUGACAGACUCUGUGCUUGUCCAGGGGGACAUGAGCCAAAUCAAAGGAGGAGUGGAGGAGGCCCUCAAUCUCUACUUCUCCAGCAAGAGGAGCAAAGGAGGAGAUAUCAAGUCCCAGAUCUGGGUUACCAAGGGCAAGAGCAUGGUCAUCACCUUUGAAGACUGUCAUGUUGCCUAUCAGGUGGUGGAACACAUGCAUAAUUUCGGUGGGGUGGACCUCAUAGCUCAGCUAUUCUACUCCAGUCUGCAGAAGGCUUUAACUGGGCAAACAGCCCCCCAGUCAGAUAUCCCUUCUAACAUAGCCCUUUGUCUCAGCUCAGCACUUUUCGACUUCAUUAAACGUGAUGAAGGCCGCAAGCAGGAUUUAACAACUGGACUACGUAAGGUCAAUGCUAGUGUCUCCUUCAAUAUGACCACAGAACCCCCACAGAUAGAGCUGGACAUGACCAUGGAGAAGGAGUCCUUGGGCAUGCUCAGACUGGGCCCUACAUGGGGACGAAUUGCCCGGAGAGAGGCUCUGGCCUUGCUAGAGAAAUACAAAGAGGUUCAGCUGCCCACAACGGUGGAGGUCUGGGAAAGGGCUGAGAGUAGUUGUCUUGGCCUCAAAUCCCCUGAUGCCAGCAUUUCUUACAAGAAGAGCAAUGGUGAGAUUGUGGUGGUAGGCGUGCAGAAUGAGGUGAAUACCCUUGUGGAGAAGAUUGAGCACAUGGUGAAGAAGGUCAGUGAUGAGCUUGAGAUGGAGAGGAACACAAUAGUAAGAAAGAUCUCACUGGACUCCAAAGAGAAGUUUGAGAUCAUCUGGAAUCUUGUCUCUGGCAAACUAGUGGACGUGGAGUUUUCCAAAGAUGAAGAAAGCUUUAUCAUAUGUCUAAAGGGUUUGGAGAACAAGGUGAGCACAGCAGAAGGUGUUGUCCAAGAGGCCAUGGGGAAUGUUGAAGCCAAACUGCUUGAUGUAUCAGUGCCUUUGAUGGAGUUCUUGAAAUCUCUGGACCUGAAGAAGUUUGAGAGGGAGCAUUUUGCCCAGAACCACAUAUCGUCUGUAUUUCUCCUUGGUGAUGGUUCUAUCCAGAUCCUGGCAGAAAAAGCUGACGUCCAGAGAGCUGAAGACAAAUUACAUGAGGUCAUCAAAGAAGAAGUCAUCAAACUCACACAAGACCAAGCCCAUCUGACCAAUGGCGAACAAUGGACACAGUUCUUUGCCGUACUUAAUGGCGAGCUCAAAUUCACCAAGAACAACCACAAUGUCAGCAUCUCCGUAACACAGGAGAAGAUUGUAGUCUGUGGAUUCUCCAGUGUGGUGGCAGAUGUGUCAGGGAAGUUGAGGGGAUACCUGGACAACAAGAAGCCAGAAACGGUGGACAUCUCUCUCAAAUCAGUCCAGGAAGUAGAGUUUGUGGCCUCUUGCAUGAACCUCUCAGAGGUCCCUGAAAUCAAGGCUCUGGGCGUGACUAUACUGCCAUGCAUAACACAAGGAUCUCCUUGUCUGAAGAUCACGGCAGCGGGUGAUAAAAUCAAAGAGGCCGUAGAUGCAGUGAAACAGCAGGUCAGUACAAUUACAAUGGAGAGGUACACAUACUCCAAAGCCGGAGAGUCCGAAGUCCUAGAGAAGAACCAAGUGGAUCUGCAGGCUAAGGUCAAGGAUUUAGGGUGCAAGCUCUACCUAUCGCCAGUGAUUACCCACUGUCAGAAAUACAGCUACAACAUAGAAGGUUGCGUCACUUUAACUGUUGGUCAGGGUAACAUCUCCCAACAUGCUGCAGAUGCUUUGAUCUGCCCUGUGAGCAGCAGUCUGUCCUUUGAUACUCCAAUUGCCAAGCAGUUCCUUCAGAUUGGUGGGCCUGAGAUCAGGAAGGUGUUUGACAAGUUCCUGAAGGAGAGGCAGACUCUACAGCCAGGAGAUGUGGUCUUGUCCAACCCAGGCACCCUUGGAGCUCAGCACCUCAUCUAUGCAGUGAUUCCAGUAUGGGGGAAGGACACCUCAACUCUUAAAAAUAUACAUCUACAAUCAACGGUCCAGGACAGUUUACUGAAUGCAGACAUCAAGAAGUGCAUCUCCAUAUGGAUGCCAGCGAUGGGGUGUGGCACCUUUGGUUUUCCCGUCACAGAGAGUUGUGCAGCAGUUAUCAAGGGAGUCCUCGGAUUCAUUAAACAGAAACCCCAACACCUGAGGAACAUAUUUGUGAUAGAUUCCGACGCCAAGAUAGUGGGGGAGUUCCAGUCAGCCAUUGAAGGAGAGGGUUAUCGUCGACAACAAACAACCAACAAAACAGCAACAGGCACGACUCCAACUGCUCCCUCUGCAGCUACUGCCUCAAAUAACACACCUUCACCACCACCCCUAGUGGCUAAACCAGGCUCAGACAUCAAAGUGAUUAUUGGUGGAGUGUCAGUGACGCUGAAAAAGGGAGACAUCACCAAAGAGACAGUGGAUGUCAUAGUGAAUUCCAACAACCAUCAUCUGAAUCUUAAUUCUGGUGUGUCUGGAGCCAUCCUAAAGGAAGCUGGGAAAUCAGUAGUGGAUGAAUGCAGAAGAAUGGUACAAUAUCUUGGUGCCCUGAAGGACGAUGGUGUUAUGCUCUCACGUGGUGGGAACCUGAACUGUAAGAACAUAGCUCAGAUAGUUGGGCCCAAGAAUGCUGCAGAUAUCACUACCUCCAUAGAGAAAGUCCUUAAUCUGUGUGAGAAAAGGAAGGCAGUCACAGUGUCCAUUCCUACUAUUGGCACAGGGAAAGGUGGCAUUGAGCCCAAAGAUUCCAUCAAGGCCAUACUAAAAGGACUGGAGAGACACAUAUCACAGAUGCCUUCAUCCAGCAUCAAAACCAUCUUCAUAGUGGCCUUUGAGCAGAAGAUCUUUGACCUCUUGAGAGAUUACUUUAACAAAAGGAACCUGGGCCCACACAAAAUCAUGCAGGCUGCAUCAACAUCUACACCUUCUCAGUCCAGUCUUCCCCCAAAUCAAGUUAAGAUCCAUGGUGUCAGAAUUGAAGUGAGGAGAGGCGACAUCACUCAAGAAACUGUCAGAGGCAUCGUGAAUACCACCAACUCUGGUAUCAGCUUAACAAGAGGAGUUAGUGCUGCGAUUCUCAAAGCAGCUGGGAGCGCAGUUGAACAGGAGUGCAAAACCAUUUGCCCUCUGAGGGCUGAUGCAGCAGGGGUGACCAGUGGAGGGGACCUGCAGUGUGACUUCAUCCUUCACAUGCUGGGGCCCCACUCUGUGGCUGACGCUACACUACGAGUCACCAAGGUGCUGGAGUGCUGUGAGAACAAACAGAUCGCAACCGUGUCGUUCCCUGCUGUGGGCACUGGAGGUGGGGGCCUUAAUGGUACAGACUCCAUUGGUGCCAUCCUCCAGGGCAUCCAGGAUCAUCUAUCACAGUGCCUCUUUUCUACCAUCAUCAAACUGAUCUACAUCGUCAUCUAUGAGGACAAGGUCCUGCAGGAGUGUCAGCUGGGGCUCAACCAGUGGAAGACUAGCCAGAUGGCGCUCCUCGAUGAUCUCCGUGGGGGGGGGGGUGCAACUCAGUGUACAUUACUGUGUAUAGUUGUUGUUUUUAAACCCAUUCUUUGGAUUGUCAUCCAGGAUGAAGAUGAUCUUUAUGGUGAUGAUGAUGACAGUGACUCUGAGGAUGAUUUUUAUGAUGAUACCACCAGCUCUGGGGAAGACGAUGGCAGCAGUGGUCAGACAGGAAACACCAUUGAAGCAAUGAUUGGGCCAGUGAUGGUCAAGGUGGUAUGUGGUGACAUCACUAAGGAGAUAACAGACGCCAUCGUCAGCAGUACAAACUCAAGCCUCGAUCUGAACUCAGGUGUAUCAGGAGCCAUUCUAAAAGCAGCUGGACAGUCGGUUGUGGACGAGUGCAAAGCUUUAGGGACCCAACCCAAUGAUGGUGUUGUCAUGACCAAACCUGGAAACAUCCAGACCAAGCACAUCAUUCACAUGGUGGGGCAGACCAAGGAGAAGGAGAUCACCAGCUCCAUUCUCAAGGUGCUGAAGAUGUGUGAAGACAAGAAACUCCAGUCGGUCUCCAUCCCAGCACUUGGAACAGGUGCUGGUAACUUGGGAGCAAUGGCGGUCGGGAAUGCAAUGUUGGACGCAAUAACUGAGCUACAGAAAACCAUCAGAACCCCAUCAGUUAAAACGAUUCACAUUGUUAUAUUCCAAACCAAGAUGAUGAAGGACUUUGAUGAGGUUAUGAAAAAGUUCAAAAAGGUGACGCCCAAGCCUGCUGCCAAAAAAACCACACCAGCCCAGCCUGCUCCUACCAAACCAGCCCUGUGUUUGGCCAGCGCCACAGCAGCCGUGGUCUUCCCCAGUAUGGAGACUGAGGUGUACGGGCCCUCCCCUGCCAGCCUGGCUCAGGUGAAGAAACUUCUGGACGAGCUGGUCUCUGAGGAGUGCAUCAGCCAGGACCUGCCCUCCAGCCACCUGCCCCUUCUGCUGGAGCCGCAGAAACAGGCCAUCGUGGCCCUGAGCCAGAAGAACCAGGUCCGUGUCCUGGUAGCAUCCCCAAACAAAGUCACUGUCUCUGGGAAGAAAGACAACGUUUUUUCGGUCGUCCUCCAGAUUAGGGACUAUCUGCUGGGGGCGAGGGACAGGGAGAGCCGGGAGGGAGAGGAGAAGAGGAUGUGGGAGACGGUGCGCUGGGAGGCCGGGGAGGGAGAGGCCUGGGGAGAGCUGGACCAGAGUCUCAGCUAUGAUCUCGAGCUGGCCGUACACAGGAAAGACAAAAGUUUUAAAUAUAACCACCAGGGGGAGACAUUCACUGUUGAUCUGAGCAGAAUGCAGCAGACUGACAGCAAAGGGACAAUCACCAGAGUCAAAAGGAGCCUUGUGGCAGACUCGGACACAGCUGUCAUUCAGUUCCCACGUAGCUGGACCAGAAUGGACGGCAAGGACCUGGAGAUAGUCACAUUGGCUCCCAACUCAGGGGAGUACCAGAGCAUAGAGAAGGAAUUUGUUGCAACCUCCAAGAAACCAAAUACUAAUACACAAUCAACCAUUCAGAUUGUCCAGAUCCAGAGGAUUCAAAGCAAAGACCAGUGGCAGAGGUACGCAGUGAAGAAACAGGCGUUGGAUAAGAAGUAUCCUAAAAACAAGAAUGAGCUGAACCUUUACCACGGCACCACCAAAGACAUUUGUCAGAAAAUCAACGCCUGUGGUUUCAAUAGGAGCUUCUGUGGGAGAAACGCUACUGUUUACGGGGACGGGACCUACUUUGCCAAAGAGACGUGGUACUCGUGCCAGGAUGCCUACUCCAACCCAGACGCCAGUGGGCUGAAGUACAUGUACCGUGCCAGGGUGCUGGUGGGUAAACCCUGCCUAGGAGUGAGGGGCAUGAAGGAGCCGAACCCUCUGAACCCUACUGAUCUCCAUCAGGGCCUGCAUGACUGUGCUGUCAAUGACCUGCAGAAUCCCUUUAUUUAUGUGGUGUUCUGUGAUGCAGGGGCCUACCCUGACUACCUCAUCAGCUUCAAGACUGUCUGAGAGAGAGGCGGCCUGAUGAAGGCCUUUUUUUUAAAGAAUACGGCACUGAAACGCCAAUACGGCAAAAUGUAACAUUUGCACUCUAAACUGUAGAAACUACACUAUAUAUACAAAGGUAUGUGGACACCACUUCAAAUUAGUGGAUGCGACUAUUUCAGCCACACCCGU